UUUUCACAUAUUUUUCGUUUUACAAAAGAACUUGUCUCCAAAAGUACAAAAAUUAAGAUGUUUUGUUUAUCUAGCUCAGUUUUAGUUCAAAUAUUUCUUUGUUCAUGUUUAAAAUUCUUAAAAGCUAUGGUUUUGUUAUUCUUAUUGAGAAUUGAUGAGGAUUUAUCAUCAUGAUCUGUAAAAUUCAGGAAUUUUUUUAUAACAUUAGUAUUGAUUCAAAAUAGUGUAGUAGUUUAAGAAUAUAUGUAACUAUUAUUUUAGCACUUUUCUCAUUCUCGUUUUGUCAAUCAAUGUGGCUAAUUUAACUGAGUUUGCAUGGAACUACGCUACAUGGAGACCCGAUACUAAAGCUCCAAUCCAAAUAACUAGGGUUUUCCAAGAAGACACGCUACAUAAACAUAGUUCGUGCAAAAUCCCAAUGCCGUGCGGAGAGGGCAAGAAGAAAACUAAGACUAGUCAUGGGUCGUGUGAUUAGGGCUCAACGUAAGGGUGCAUGCCACGGUUCCGUCUUCAAGUCCCACACUCACCACCGCAAGGGUCCUGCUAUCCGUAGCCUCGACUACGGCGAGAGAAAUGGUUAUCUCAAGGAUCCAGGACGUGGCGCUGCGUUAGCUCGCGUUGAUUUCCGACAUCCUAUCCGUUACAAGGAGCAGAAGGAGCUCUUUGUCGCCGCCGAAGGUAUGUACUCGGGACAGUUCCUCUACUGUGGUAAGAAGGCGACUCUCGUUGUCGGGAACGUACUUCCACUUAGAUCUAUUCACGAGGGUUCCGGUGAUUACGCCAUCGUGAUUGCUCACAAUCAUGACAACGACACCACUAGAAUAAUAUUAUCAAAGAAGAUUAUGCAAAGUGGAUGUAGAGCCAUGAUUGGUCAAGUUGCAGGUGGAGGAAGAACAGAGAAGCCACUUCUUAAGGCAGGUAACGCAUACCAUAAGUAUCGCGUGAAGAGAAACUGCUGGCCUAUAGUUCGUGGUGUGGCUAUGAACCCAGUCGAGCAUCCUCACGGAGGAGGAAACCGCCAGCACAUUGGUCACGCCAGUACGGUCAGAACACGCGAUAAAUCAGCUGGUUCGAAAGUUGGUCUCAUUGCCGCGAGAAGAACGGGUCGUCUCAGAGGUCAAGCUGCCGCAUCAGCAGCCAAGUCUGAAUAGGCUAGACUUGUGACACACACUUCUAUCCUUUCUUUAAUUUUGUUGAAGACCUUCGUUGUAUUUUAUUUUAUAAUUCUUUUCGAGUUUUGGUGUUGUAUUUUAUUUUAUAAUUCUUUUCGAGUUUUGGUGUUUAACGCUUAUGAACUUUGUAUUAGAUUUACCUAUAGAGAAAACAGUUAUUAUGGUUUAUUUCUUUUUCGUUAUUUUACUUUUUGUACGUCCAAUUUAGAUUUUCAUUGAAAAUAAAAAAGUUGGCUGAUAAUUUAGACAAAAAGUGAACUACGAAGACGUAAGAGUUGGUCCUGGUCACUUUGGUGCGCUAAACUUUUGUCUGCU